ACACCACUUCUGAGAGCUAAUGAAAUGCACUUCGCUGUCACCAACAAUUUGGCGGGACGAGGCCAAGGCGCCAGAUAAUAACUCAAAUUUCACAUCUGAGAAACAUUUUCAUAUCAUAUUUAAGCAGAUGCCGCUGUAAAAUCGAUCCAGCGAAGAAUGGCGUCAAAUGUGCAGCCCGAGGAGGUAUACUUAAGUGUACUCGUGCACUUCUUCGUGCACCCACCUCCAGCAGACACUCUGCGAAAUCAGGACAAGCGCAGCGUCUCGCGGCAGCUCGCGGUGUUCCUGCUGAAGGAGCUCAAGGAACCCGACAGCGCGGUGUUCCCCACGCUCCAGCAGUUGUGCGGCAAGCUGCGACAGCGCCUGGGGCAGCUGGGGUCGGCCAUUGUGAGCUGUCUGGAAGUCACCCUGCGGAACAUCCGUACGCCGCAUGACUUGUACAAGCUGUUCGACAUCCUGGGGAAGCUGCUGGUGCGGAGCUCGGACCCUCGGGCGCAGAACCUGCAGGGCAAUGCCGUGGCCGGCCUGGACCCGCUCAGUCCUCUGGGCCUCUUCCUCCGCCGCGUGCGAGUUCGCUUUCUGGCCAUGCCCUUCGAGGCGGCGGCGCAGCUGCACACAGCCAUCACCGCCGAGGGGGCGGUGGCGGCGGCGGCGGCGGCAGCAGCAGCUGGCGGGGAGCCCGGGGCAGCGGCGAUGGGGUCGGCAGAAGCGGCGGCAGACGGCGGCGCGUUGCGCGACCGCGCAGGUCUGGAGGCGUUUGCGGCGUCGUUGCUGCGCCGGAUAAACCAGCAGGGGCCGGGCCUGCCUCAGUCGGCCCUGGAUGACGUGCUUGCGCCGCUGGAGGCCGGAGCCGCGGGGCCGGGGCCGGGCAGUGCCGCGGCAGCGGGCGGCGAGGGCGGCGGCGGCGGCGGCGGCGGCGGCGGCGGGGAGUCUGAGCGGCUGCCUCUGGCGCGUAUGGUGCGGCUGCAGUCGGCCUUGCGCCACCGCGACUACACGGCGGCACUGGACCUGCUGCACAGCUACUACAACACGAUGGGCACGGGCGGCGCCGGCGGCCGCACCCGCAACACCGCCGGCCUGCUGAGCCUGAGCGCCAUGCACGCCGGGCUGGGCCACACCUCCGAGGCGCUGCAGGCGCUGAAUGAGGCCAUGCGGCUGGCGCAGCAGGCGGGAGACGGAGCCGCGCUGCUGCAGGCACUGGCGCUGCUGUGCAGCCUGCUUGCCGCCACGGCGCCCGGCGCGCCCGGGCUGCCGCCGCACGGCCCCGCCGCGCUGCGCUCCGGCGCCGCGCACCACGUGCAGCUGCUGCGCAUGCUGCGGCGCUGCGGCGAGCGCGGGCGGGAGCUGCGGCAGCCGGCGCUGGUGGCGUUCGCGGCGCUGGCCACGGCGCGGUUCGCGCUGCAGCACGACGUGGAGCCCAGUGACAGCGGCCUGCACGCACCACCCGGCUCCCUCACCGCCUCCGCGCCCGCACCCGCGCCGGCGGCGGGAGGCGCAGCAGCGGCUGGCGCCGGCGCGCAGGACGCCUGGGGAGCUGGAGGCGGUGGCGGCGGCAGUGGGGAGAUGCGGCCGGCGCCGCUCAUGGUUGCGACCGCGGUGCGCGACACACUGGCACUCGCCACAGCCGCCUCCCUGUCCGCCGCCGCGCCCGCCGCGCCGCCGCCGCCGCCGCCCGCUGACGGCGCCAUCCCCGCCCGCGCCGCCGCCGCCGCCAGCGACCUGUACCCCAGCCCGGCGCUGUUCGACCGCUCGCUGCCGCGCGGCGCCGCCGCCGCCGCCGCUGACGCCGUCCAGGAGAUGGCAGGCGCAGCGCACCUGUUGCAGUCAGCGGCCUGGGGCGUGCACGGCCACGGCACGCUGGAGCGGGUCCACACACUCAUGUACCUCACAGCGUACGGCGACCCGCGACUGGGGGGCGGCGCCGCCGCGCGCUUCGAGGACCGCGGCGCUGCCUGCGCACAGCUGCUGGCGGCGGCGGCGCGGCGGGGGCCGGCGGCGGCCGCCGCCGCCGCACGCGCCUGUUUUGGCUACCUGUCCUCGCCGUGGUGGACUGGGGCCGCCGCCGGGGGCGCGGCGGCGGCGGAGCCGCCGCCGGGAAGCGAAGGACCGGCGGCGCUAGGGCAGGAGGAGCAGGGGGAGGAGGAGCGGGGAGGGGGCCUGGCGCUGUGGGGUGGGCCGGCGCUGGCGGCGGCGUGGCUGUGUGCGCAGCAUGACAGGGCGCUGGCGGUGGGCGACCUGGCGGCGGCGGCGGCGCUGGCGGGGCAGCUGGCGGGUCUGGCGGACCCCCAGCCGCACCGGGAUGUGGACAUACGGCUGGAGGCUGCUCGGCGCGGCUGCCUGAACCUGUUGGCCGCCGGCAACACCGCCGCCGCACACGAGGCGGCAAUGGACCUGUUCGCGCGCUGCGCCGACGCAGGCCUGCAGGCGCCGGCGCUGCGCGCGCUGCUGGUGCUGGCCGAGGUGCACCUGGCCGCCGGCGACCCACAUGGAGCCCUGCCACACGUGCUGGCGUGCCUGCUGCCAGCCCAGCCCGGAGGACUCAACGCCGCCGCGGGAGCCGGCGCCGCCGCGGCCGCGGCCGUGGGGCUUGCCGGCGCGGGGCUGGCCGGCGCGGCGGCGGGCGGCGCGGGUGGAGGUGUGGGCGGCGGCGGCGGCGGCGGCGGCGGCGGGCGGAGUCACGACCUGCUGGCGGCUGAGGCGCUGGUGCUGCUGUGCCGUGUGUGGCACGAGCUGAGCGACGGGCAGCAGCUGCAGGAGCUGCUGGUGCUGCUGCAGGACGCGCUGCCGCUCAUCCUGGCACACGGCAGCUCGCUGCUGCAGGCGCGUGCGCAGCUGACACUGGCGGAGAUGGUCAUGUCCUCGUGUGGCGGCGCCGGCGCCGACGGCGAUGGUGGCGGCGGCGGUGGCGGAGAUGGCGCAGAUGCGGGGCCGGAGGCGGAGGCGGCGGCAGGGCGGGACGGCGGUGGCGGGGCGGGCGGCGGCGGGGCGUUGGCGCACUGCUACUGCCAGCUGCAGCGGCUGUUGGGCGGGGCUGUGCAGGCCGCCACGGCUGCAGAGGACUUCAGGCUGGGUGCGCUGGCGGCGGCGCUGCUGGCGUGGCUGCACCACAGCCAGAGCGCGGCGGCGGCGCGGGAGGCGGCGGCGGCGCGGCACGAGCAGCUGGUGGCGCGACAGGAGGCGGCGGAGGCGUCGGCGGGCGCGGAGGGGCGGCCGCUGUGGACGGCGUCGGUACUGCCGGAGGGCGCGUCGGGCUGGGGUGCUGGGGCCGGGUUGGGGGCGGGUAUGGGUGGGGGCGUGGCGGCGGUGAUGCUGGGUGCAGGCGCGGGCGUGGGAGCGGCGCGUGGCUGAUUGUAACAGUGCAACGUGGCUCGGAGUCGACGCUCGGUGACAAAGCAAUUGAGAGGUAGAGGUUUGAUUAUCAUCAACGUCGUGGCGCCGUUCAUGCAGAACUUCAUGAUCCCCUGUGCGGACACCUACCGUAUACGCUGACUCUCAACGGUCAGAUGGUCAUGCGCAUGAGCAACCAGAAGUAG